AUGAACAAUUUGUGGGAUCAAAUUCGACAGUCUCAGGAUGAAGAUGAUGAAGAGAUGAUGGCCACCAACGCUAUUGUCAUCACUGCAGUCGCAGAAGAAUUUGGAAACCAACACCGAGGGCGCGGUUCUCAUCCGGGUCGUGCACCAAAUGAGGAACCACUUAGAGAAGAAAGGGGCAAAGGUAUGUUGGCCGACUACUUUGUCGACCGGCCAGUGUUCAAAGAUGCGGAGUUCCGAACACGUUACAGAAUGAGUCUCAAUCUUUUCCAGCGUAUAUCUACUGACCUUUGCCAGUAUGAUCGUUACUUUGUUCAAAGGUCAGAUGCUACCGGCAAAGUCAGACUGCUUCCGGAGCAGAAGAUGACAGCUGCCUUGCGAAUGCUUGCGUACGGUGCAGGGGCAGAUCAAUGUGCUGAGUAUUGUCGGAUGGCGAAAUCCACCUCCGUCGCAGCCCUUCAGCACUUCACACGAGGAAUUGUUGAUCUUUACUCAACAAAAUAUCUCCGCGCUCCUACUGCAGCCGACCUCAGACGACUUCUUACCAAAGCUGAGAGGAGAGGUUGGGCUGGAGAAUAUAGUGGUAGGAAACAGAUCCCCACUAUCAUCCUGGAAGCAGUCGCAUCUUACGACACCUGGAUUUGGCACGCAUUCUUUGGAAUGCCUGGGGCAUGCAACGACCUGAACGUCUUGGCAAAGUCUCCGUUGUUUGAUGAGCUUACCGCCGGUAGAGCACCUCUGAUCCAAUUCCAAGUUAACAACAGAGCUCACAGUCUAGGAGGAGCUGCUCGUGGGUGGCAUAAAGAGGACCUUCGAUACAUUAUGUUGACGUGUAUUAUAUUACACAACAUGAUUGUUGAAAAUGAACGACCUGAAGACAGCGAUGAUGAGUUGGAGUCCGAUGAUGAGGAGGAUAAUAAUAUGAGGCCCAGGAUUGUUGAGGUAUGGGAGGGACCAACUGGUAGAGACUUUGAUCCUAUUGGUAGAUUGUUGAGGCAUGGGAGGGACCAACUGGUAGAGACUUUGAUCCUAUUGGUAGAGAUGCUCAUCAUAUGA